UUGGUUCAAAUGCGGAGGCCGGAGGUAGUAAGUAGUAUCUGUAUCUCUACAUUCAAAGAGACUCUCUCUGGGUCAGAAGUUUUGUUUCACAUUGACAUCACUAUGCAAUGGAAUGCCCCUUUUAAGGUUCUCUGCAUUCUCUUCUUCUUUGUGCCGUGUGGCAUUUCUCUUGUUGCAACAGCAAUGGCGACUGAAUCAAUUUGUCUCAAGCCCGUAUCUUUCGCAAGGUUGACGAAAAACCCAUCAAAUCAAUUUCGUAAAAGAAGAAAACUUUCCUCUCGAAUUCAUCGUUUUCGAUUCGGUGUAAUUUGCUCCAAGUCAUCUGAUUAUCAAGAUUUCCAGAGUUAUGCAACACCUUUGCGUUUGUUAUCAGCAGAAGAAGUGAAAGUUUGUAGAGGGAAUCCAUCUUUCACUGUGAGCGAAACUCGAUCUCUUUAUAAGGUUAAGCUAGAGACAAGUAAUUUGUUUGGUUCAGGGAUUAGUGAUAUGAAUGCUAGAGUUCUUAUAUGCUUGAUAGACGCAAAGGGCGAUUCGGUAUUACAGACAAUACCUGCGAAUUUGUCAUCUUUGGAUCCAGAGGUUGUGGAAAAUGGUGAAAGUUUCAGGUUUCAGAGAGGCUCUGUUGAUGAAUUCACAUUUGAAGGACCGAAACUCGACAAAAUCAGAGCUUUUUGGAUUGGUCUUGAGUCUGGUCAAUGGAGAAUUGGAAGAGUGAGCUUGCGGGUGGUUAAUCCUCGCGGUGAAGGACUUUCUCUUGGAGAAACCGAUGCAGAAACUUUCUGUUACCGAUAUGAUUUUGAAGUUGAUGAAAUCUUGCUUGGAGAGAGCAGUUACCUAUCAAUGGUGGAACUCAGACCUACCCGUAUUACUGAACUCGCCGACUCCGAUCAAAUCUCUUCGUUUACAGCUGUGGAUCUUGACCGUACAACGGUUUCCAAUGAGGAAAGCAUGGAAGAAUACGCAAACUUGAAACGCUCUCUGCUUCUCUAUGAUGCGAUUCUCACCCUUCUUGGAAGUUUGGUCUUUUCCUUCUCACUUGGUGAAAACUCCGCCAUUGCUUUCUUCUUCGGUGGAACAAUGGGAUUUUUCUACUUGCUGCUCUUACAGAGAUCAGUCGAUGAAUUGCAAGCACCGGGAUCUUCUUCAUCAGAAAACUCCAAUAAAAUACUCAGUGGACUCAAUAUUCCGGUUUGGAGCCUUGCACUGGCCAUAGGAUUGACUGUUUUAGCCGUGAGAGGUCACAUUGGAGGAGAUCUCACUGCAUUUGCAGUCACACCAAAAGAGAUAGUGGUGGGUACUUUGGGGUUUCUCGUAUGCAAAGUAGCCGUUGUUUUGGCUGCGUUUAAGCCCUUGAAGGAUGGUUCUUAACUCUUACGAGAACCAGUGAUCUGUGUUUGUACAUGACUUCGUUGUAUAUAACAACUAUGUAAGAAGAAUAGAGACAUCACAUAAAAAUAAAAUAGAUAUCAAUUUUUAUAGAUCA